AUGGCCGCUCAAACCCCCGACAUCACCCUGUACACCACCCAGACGCCCAACGGCAUCAAGGUGUCAAUUACUCUGGAAGAGCUUGGCCUUCCCUACAAGGUCCAGAAGGUCGACAUCAGCAAGAACACGCAGAAGGAGCCCUGGUUCCUCGCCAUCAAUCCCAAUGGCCGCAUCCCCGCCUUGACCGACACCUACACUGAUGGCAAGAGCAUUCGCCUGUUCGAGUCCGGCUCCAUCAUGCAGUACCUCGUCUCGCGCUACGACACGGAGCACAAAAUCUCUUAUCCCCACGGCUCGCGCGAGUCCUACGAGGUCAACAACUGGCUGUUCUUCCAGAACGCUGGUCUUGGUCCCAUGCAGGGCCAGGCAAAUCACUUCACCCGCUACGCGCCUGAUAUUUUUGAGUAUGGCAUCACGCGCUACCAGAAUGAGACGCGUCGCCUCUACGGUGUUCUGGACAAGCACCUGGCCGAGACCGGGAACCAGUACAUCGUCGGCGACAAGUGCACCAUCGCGGAUAUUGCCCACUACGGAUGGAUUGCUGCCGCCGGCUGGGCUGGUGUGGAGAUCGACGAGUUCCCAAAGCUGAAGGCCUGGGAAGAGCGUAUGGAGGCGCGUCCAGGCGUCGACAAGGGCAGGCACGUGCCUGACCCGCAUACCAUCAAGGAGCUGCUGAAGGACAAGUCCAAGAUGGAGCAGCACGCCGCCGAGUCGAGGAAAUGGGUGCAGGCCGGCAUGAAGGCGGAUGCUGACAAACUGAAGUGA